GUGAACAAAAAAUACGGCGGCAUUGAAGGACUGUGCACAAAAUUGAAAACCGAUCCAAUAAAUGGGCUGCCAAAUGAGAAAUCGCUGCUGGAAGCAAGACGAAGGAUAUUUGGGAGAAAUGAAAUUCCAGCAGUACCUUCAAAAUCUUUCUUACGCCUUGCUUGGGAAGCCUUGCAGUCCGUCAACAGGCUAGCAUUUGCAGCGGCUAUCCGUCGCUUUUUGUUGGAUGAAUUGUCACUGAGGAAGAAAAUGGUACGAUUCGUGAUACUAGCGCUUAUGGUUCAUUAG